AUGUCCUCACGGCGACAUGCCAUGCCCGUGGUCUUGGUCCUAGCGCAUGCCGUCCUGGCACUGGCACUCGAACGCGCCGCCGCUGGUCCAGGCGAGGUCCCUGCGGUGAUUGUGUUCGGCGACUCCACCUCGGACACUGGCAACAACAACUUCAUCCAGACCGUAGCCAGGGGCAACUACGCUCCGUACGGGCGGGAUUACGCCGGCGGCGUCGCCACCGGCCGCUUCUCCAACGGCCGCCUCCCCGCCGACUUCGUCUCCGAGGCGCUGGGCCUGCCGCCAUCCGUGCCGGCGUACCUCGACCCGUCCCACACCAUCCACCAUCUCGCCUCGGGCGUCAGCUUCGCCUCCGCAGGCUCCGGGCUGGACAACAUAACCGCGCAAAUCCCGUCGGCGAUGACCCUGAGCGAGCAGAUCGACCACUUCAGGCAGUACACGGAGAGGCUGAGGCGGGCGAGAGGCGAGGCGGCGGCGCGCCACAUCAUCGCCGGCGCCCUCUACAUCUUCAGCAUCGGCGCCAGCGACUUCAUGCAGAACUACCUCGUGUUCCCCGUCAGGGGCUACAGCUUCACCCCGGCGGAGUACGAGGCGUACCUCGUCGGCGCCGCGGAGGCGGCCAUACGGGCGGUGCACGGGCUCGGCGCGCGCGCGGUCACCUUCGCCGGCCUGCCGCCGCUGGGGUGCCUGCCGCUGGAGAGGGCCGUCAACCUCCACAGACCGGGGGACUGCAACGAGGCGUACAACAUGAUGGCCAUGAGCUUCAACCGCAGGCUCGAGGGGAUGCUGGGCAGGCUCGGCCGGGAGCUGCCCGGGGCGCGGGUGGCGUACGUCGACCAGUACGGCCUCCUGUCGGCCAUGAUCGCCAGGCCGUGGGAGCAUGGUUUUGAGAGCUCGGCCCAAGGAUGCUGUGGCAGUGGCACGGGGUAUGUGGAGACGGGGGCGCUGUGGGGCUUGGACAGCGCGCUGGCGUGCGACGACGCCGGCAAAUACGUCUUCUUCGACGCCGUCCAUCCGUCUGAGAGAGCGUACAGGAUGGUAGCCGGCGCAAUCCUAAAUGCUAGUACGUCCCACUCGCGCUCGCACCGGUUCCACUGA